AUGGCGCCGUGGUUCUGGGCGCUGCGGUGCUGCUCCUGCCGCCUCUUCCAGGUGCAGCAGGCCAAGCGGAGCGGCAAGUGGAGCUGCAGCGUGUGCGGCCAGCGGCAGGCGGUGCAGAAGAUUUAUGGCCAAGGGUCUGGCCUGGACUGUAGGCACCAUGUCCAGAAAUUAAACUUGCUGCAGGGUGAGGCGGAGGAAGCGAUUGGUUGGGCCUCUCGGUGCGUAGAAGAAUCUGUAAAUGACAGCAAAAAUGUAGCAGCCCAAUGUGAAGACAGUUCGGUCCAGCAGGAGGGAAGGGCAGAAGUCAGUCGCUGGAGUAAAUAUCUGGACAAGGACAGUGAAGAUCAGGAAGAUGGGGAGGAGGAGGCAGGUACAGAAGGGCAGCAGUUCUGUUCCCGGAGGAAGAACACUGUGGAAGAGCAAAGGAAACACCAGAAGACCUUCCUCUCCAGUGACGUUCAGGAGUAUACAGAAGAAAAUGGAGUUUUCCAGCUUGCCUACCAAGCCAAAAAGCGCAAGAAAUGUGUAGUAGCAGUGCCUGAUCAAGAUGACAGAGAUGCUGUUUCUGAAGACAGUAUGGUUCCCGCUGUCUGUGAGUCCGUAGUGCCUGAGGAGAAUACACAAACCCCAACUGCUUGUACCAAGCCCUCGAAGUGGGAAAAAUUUCUCUCAUGUUCUGACAGCUACAGCAAAAAUGCUGCCAGGGGUACCUUGCCAUCACAGGAGGGCAGUGGAAGGUUGGGGCUACACAGCACUGCUGCAGCAGAUACUGUGCCUGGUGCCAUGGUGCCCAGCACCAGUUGCUCAGCUGAGGAGGAUGUGUUGUUCGAAGAACCUCAAAGCCAAUUGGUAAGGGCAGGACCUGGUAUCUUAGAGACCACUGCAGGACGGCGCUGUUUGGAUAGCACAAGGAGGGCAAACAUCCGUGUUAACACCGGGCCAAAGCCUAGCAGUGUUUCUUGUGAACACCUCUUCUGCACUGGUGAGGAGUUUGAUGAUGAUCUGUGA